CCUCGCACACUUUCACGCGUCGGUGCGCGAGCACUCACAAACUGUCAGAUUACCGGCGAUGAAUCACGGGCCUAAGCCGUCUGAUCCCUGAAGUUAAUCAGACACCGGACAGGUCUGACCCACGGACGACCAACAUGAGCGAGAGGUUUAUGGUCGUGCCGGUGGCGCACGCCGAAGAGAGCGCGUUUGGAGACGAAGCGGACGGAGACUCUGUGUUUGACGCUGGUGCCGGUGAGGGCGAGCGCGCGGAGCGGCGGGGAUCGGUGCCCAUCCUCCGGUACAGCAGAGAACCCAACAAAUACGGUGAUGGAAACCCAAGGGAAAGCAGCCCCUUCAUCAAUAACACAGAUGAUAAUAAGGGAAAUCUAUAUGAUGGGAAAAACAUGGCACUUUUUGAGGAGGAGAUGGACAGCAAUCCCAUGGUGUCUUCACUGCUCAGCAAACUGGCCAACUACACGAACCUCACGCAGGGCGUCAGAGAACACGAGGAGGCCGACGAGGAUGAAGGUGCCAAGAAGCAAACAGUUAAGAGUCCACAGAUGGGGACGUUUAUCGGGGUCUACCUUCCCUGCCUGCAGAACAUCCUGGGAGUGAUUCUCUUCCUGCGAAUGACGUGGAUUGUGGGAACGGCGGGAAUCCUGGAGGCCUUUAUCAUUGUGACCAUGUGCUGCUCGUGUACUAUGUUGACAGCCAUAUCAAUGAGUGCCAUUGCUACAAACGGUGUUGUUCCAGCUGGAGGCUCGUACUACAUGAUCUCUCGCUCUCUGGGCCCGGAGUUCGGAGGCGCUGUGGGUCUGUGUUUCUAUCUGGGCACCACAUUCGCCGGUGCCAUGUACAUCCUCGGGACUAUCGAGAUCCUCUUGACGUACAUAGUGCCCAGCGCUGCCAUCUUUAAGGCGGAGAAGGCGGAGGAGGCGGACGCUCUGCUGAAUAACAUGCGUGUGUACGGGACGUGCUGUCUGACGCUCAUGGCUCUCGUGGUGUUCGUCGGUGUGAAGUACGUGAAUAAGCUUGCGCUGGUCUUCCUGGCCUGUGUGGUGCUGUCCAUCCUGGCCAUCUCUAAAAAUGAGGUCUGUUUGUUGGGCAACCGCACCCUGCAGAACCACGGCUUUGACAAGUGCAUGAAGACAGAAAUAAUAGACAACGUGACCAUGACCACGAAGCUUUGGUCUCUGUUCUGUAAAGGGCCGGAGCUCAACGCCAGCUGCAGUGAAUACUUCAGCCUCAAUAACGUCACGGAGAUCCAGGGCAUUCCCGGCCUCACCAGCGGAGUCAUUUCAGAGAACUUGUGGGGAAGCUACGGUCCCGCUGGCAUGCUGGUGGAGAAGGCCAUACCGUCAGUGCCGGCGAGCGACGCAUCUCAGGACAAACACAUGCCGUACGUCGUCAAUGACAUCACUGCCUUCUUCACACUGCUGGUGGGAAUCUACUUCCCCUCCGUCACGGGCAUCAUGGCUGGAUCCAACAGAUCCGGGGAUCUGAGAGACGCUCAGAGGUCCAUUCCCAUCGGCACCAUCCUCGCCAUCGCAACCACCACCAUCAUCUAUCUGUCCUGCGUGGUGGUGUUCGGCGCCUGCAUCGAGGGUGUGGUGCUCCGAGACAAGUUUGGAGACUCUGUUAAAGGGAAUUUGGUGAUUGGCACGUUGUCCUGGCCCUCUCCCUGGGUGAUCGUGAUUGGCUCGUUCUUCUCCUGCUGUGGGGCGGGGCUUCAGAGUCUCACCGGCGCCCCCCGGCUGCUGCAGGCCAUCGCGCGGGACGGCAUCGUGCCCUUCCUCCAGGUGUUUGGUCAUGGGAAGGCCAACGGAGAGCCGACCUGGGCUCUCCUUCUGACGGCUGUGAUCUGUGAAUGCGGGAUUCUCAUCGCUUCUCUGGACGCUGUGGCGCCAAUCCUUUCCAUGUUCUUUCUCAUGUGUUAUCUGUUCGUGAAUCUGGCCUGUGCCCUGCAGACGCUGCUGAGGACGCCCAACUGGAGACCACGGUUCAAAUACUACCACUGGACUCUUUCGUUUCUCGGCAUGAGUUUGUGUCUGGCUCUGAUGUUCAUUUCCUCCUGGUACUACGCUCUGGUGGCCAUGCUCAUCGCUGGAUGCAUCUACAAAUACAUCGAGUACCGCGGGGCGGAGAAGGAAUGGGGCGACGGGAUCCGCGGUCUGUCGCUCAAUGCGGCGCGAUACGCUCUGAUUCGAUUGGAGGAGGCGCCGCCGCACACCAAAAACUGGAGGCCUCAGCUGCUGGUGCUGCUCAAUCUGGACUCUGAGCUGUCGGUGAAACACCCUCGUCUCCUGUCCUUCACCACGCAGCUGAAAGCAGGCAAAGGUCUGACCGUCGUGGGCUCGGUGCUGGAGGGCACGUACCUCACCAGAGAGAGCGACGGCAAAAGAGCAGAACAGAGCAUCAAAUCAGCCAUGGCGUCAGAGAAGACGAAGGGUUUCUGUCAUGUUGUGGUGUCGUCAAACCUGCGCGACGGCUUCUCUCACCUCAUCCAGUCAGCCGGACUCGGAGGAAUGAAGCACAACUCUGUUCUGAUGGCUUGGCCCGCGAGCUGGAGACAAUCCAACGACCCACAGUCCUGGAAGAACUUCAUAGAAACCGUCCGAGAGACCACUGCCGCCCAUCAGGCCCUGCUGGUGGCCAAGAACGUGGACAGUUUCCCUCACCAGGAGCGUCUCGCUGAAGGAACCAUCGACGUGUGGUGGAUCGUUCAUGACGGCGGCUUGUUGAUGCUCCUGCCGUUCUUACUGCAGCAGCACAAGGUCUGGAGGAAGUGCAAGAUGCGCAUUUUCACCGUGGCUCAGUUGGAUGACAACAGCAUCCAGAUGAAGAAAGACCUGCAGAUGUUCCUCUACCACCUCCGUCUGAAUGCUGAGGUGGAGGUCGUGGAAAUGCAUGACAGUGACAUCUCAGCGUUCACCUACGAGAAGACGCUGGUGAUGGAGCAGCGCUCACAGAUGCUGAAGCAGAUGCAGCUGUCGAGGACGGAGCGCGAGCGAGAGGCUCAGCUGAUCCACGACAGAAACACGGCGUCUCACGCGGCUCUAAGCGACAAGACGGACGCCACACCGGAGCGAGUCCACAUGACCUGGACCAAAGACAAGUUCUGCACCGAACGAAACCGCAACCGAGAACCCAACGCAAGCGUGGCUGUGCGAGACCUGUUCAACAUGAAACCCGAAUGGGAGAGUCUGAAUCAGUCUAAUGUGCGCUGCAUGCACACAGCCGUCAAACUCAAUGAAGUGGUGGUCAAUAAGUCUCAGGGAGCUCAUCUGGUGCUCCUCAACAUGCCCGGACCACCCAAGAGCAGAGGCGGCGAUGAAAACUACAUGGAGUUUCUGGAGGUUUUGAUGGAGGGUCUCAACCGGGUCCUGUUGGUGCGCGGCGGCGGUCGUGAAGUCAUCACCAUAUACUCAUAAAGCGGACUGUGGCAGGAAUUAAGUUUUUUUUAUUUUCCCCAAAGCAAAACCGGACGUCAUGGAGACAGCUAGCGGCGUUACGUCUGGCUGUGUUCGUUAGAGGAAGAGACUCAACAUGAAGGAAACGAGACGAGCGAUGGCUCGAUUCAUAACACGACACUUUAAUUUAUGACUCUUACUGUUUUCUUUGGUUUGUUCGUACAAUCUGUGCUAGUUUUUAUGUCUGUUUAUUGUGCAACAUUGUUUGGUUUUUCCGAAGGCUAAAACGUUGAGUGAUAUUCAGUGUCACAAAAGCAGGUAAACAUUUGAGUUGCUAAUGCCUGUUUAAUAUUGAUUCAUUCGUCUCCAUUAUGAACCUGCAUUGCUUUUUUAUUUGCAUAUGCUAGCUACGAUUCAAAUCACUUGAUACCCAAAAUAGCAUCUAGCUUCAGUGAACCAGGCCGCGAAAACAAGUGUUUGUGCUGUUUGGCAUAUCCAAGACGCAAAAACGCACUUUUUCCGAUAUCAAGAGAAUGUUUGAGUUUUUUACAUUGGAUAAUUUUAACAAUAAUGCAGCGCAGAUGAUGAAUGUGUCGGAAGACGUUACUGACUUCAUGAUACGGAUUGUGCAAUAACAUUUAUUCAUUAUCAAGGCAUCACUAGCCGAACAUGUUGUCCACUUACUGAGGGUUUUAUAUUAUAAAAGUUUAAAUGUUUAACGCGAACAGCGUUCAAGGAGAAAAGCCAUAAUGUUUGGUCUCGUUAUUGAGUACUGAGGUUUUGUUUUGGCUCCAUCUCGAAAUGAAUCGCUGAAACCAGUUUAAUCAGGAUAAUUUCAGCUGUAUUUGCACUUUUUAUUAGAUUUUUUUUUUUUUUUUUCGUAAAUUGUAUGAUGAAAGCACAGGGCACGGCUGGCCCAUCCAGCACAACAUUUGCUGAUGAUCAAAACCAGCACUGCAAAAUCUUUUUCUCUCAGCAAUAAACGUGUUUUUCGAUGAGAUGGAAUGAAAUUUAAUCUCUGUCUUGACGUUCAUGACGAUAUUGGGUAUGUUAAACUUGGAGAAUGCUUAAAUUAAACGACAUUACUAUUAAGAGUAAUGUUUAAAAGCAUCCAGUUAAUGAUCGUAAUCUAUUAGGAUUGAAGGUGAAGCGUGUUUGUCCUAGUGGCAUCAAACGGAAUUGCAGUUUGUUUGAGUGACAACUGAGCUGGACAUUCACUCAACCAAUAGAGUGAAUUUGGGGGCGGGGCUAUUGGUUUCUGACCAAUAGCUGAUAGGGGGAGUGUUUAACAUUUGUUUGAAUACAGUAAUUAUGUUUAGAAAUCACACACUUCACCUUAAACAGGUUUAGGAACUAUUGUGUUUAGACAAUCACAAAGCAGUGUUAGCUAGAUUUACAUUUUAUUUUUGCUGUUCAUUUUUUUUUUACACAUCGUGUUCUUAUCAGGUGAUACAGUGACUAGCAGUAAGCCAUAUCUGUCUAUCUGACCUGCGACCCGCCUCAUUGGUCCAAAACACUGCAUAUUAAACAGCUGAUGUAUUCUGAUUGGCUGUGACUUUGCAGGAUUUUGUCUGUUUUCCGCAUUCAUUCAACUUGGUUAGGACACGGUGUCACAAGCAACGUACAUUACCGUUCAAAAGAUUUUUU